AGAUCCUACUCCUCCAUGGCUGACGCCGCGAAAUCCACGGGCACGGUCAAGUGGUUCAGCGCGCAUAAGGGGUUCGGCUUCAUAGCUCCCGACGACGGCGGUGAGGAUCUCUUCGUCCACCAGACCUCGAUCCAAUCCGACGGCUUCCGGACCCUCUCGGAGGGCCAGACCGUCGAGUUCCUUGUAGAUUUCAGUGAGGACGGACGCACCAAAGCCAUCGACGUGGUUGGAAAUAUCACUCGAUCCCGCCGCCCCGGCUUUGACCGCGGCCGCGGUCGUGGUGGAUAUGGAGGGAGAGGCGGCGGAGGCGGUUAUGGAAGGUUUGGUGGAGACCCUGGAGGGUAUAAUGUAGCGAGAGGCGGCGGAAGGCGUGGCGGCUACGGCGGAGGUCGUGGGGGCGGCGGCGGUGAGUGCUACAACUGCGGUGGUAUUGGACAUUUGGCAAGGGACUGUACUCAGAGUGGUGGUGUGACUGGCGUCCCGAAAUUUGGCGGCGGUGGACGCGGUGGUCGGGGAUAUGGUGGUAGAGGCGGCGGCAGGCGUGGUGGUGAAUGUUAUAAUUGUGGAGAGGAAGGGCAUUUGGCAAGGGAAUGUCCCAAUGAUCAGAAAUGAUGAUUUGGUGUGCGAAUUCCUGUGGUUUCCCGCGCUUUUGUGUGGUUGGAGAUUGCUUUUUUCACGAAUCGUUGCUUCUUCUUGGGUAAUUUUGUUAAGUUUUGCAUGACUUGGGUGAUUGUUCUGCAUAUAUUAGAUUAGAUGGUAGUUUGUUUCUCCUUCUCCCAUUCAUUAUUUUGGGUUCCUCAAUUUUUAUAUGUAUUCUUGUUGUUCAAAUAUGGAACCUGUGAAGGCUGAAAUUAAUGAUCAUGUUUUGGUGUCA